AUGCUUGAUCCUUAUCAUAUGCGAUGUAAUCUCCUUCUGCUGCUUUAUCAUGGGAUAUGGGAUAUGGACCAAUCUGGAACACUGAGAUAUUUGCAACAAAGUUUUUGUGGUAUAUUUGCCCUUGCUUUCUGGAUUUAUGAUGCUAUUGUUAUACACAUUGCAUAUGAUGCGCAGCUCCAAAGAAUUAGAGGAUAUUUUUGGAAUUUAUACAAUUUUGUGCUUCUACUUGUGGAUUUUCAUAUUCUUAGAUGUUCCCGAAACAAAAGGCAUGCCCGUGGAAGUCAUUACCAAGUUCUUUGCUGUCGGAGCAAAUCCAGCGGCAGCUGA